UCGAUUGCUUUCGCGUCCCAGCAGCGCAGCACCACAGUCGUUUUUCGGUUCCACUUGUUGACGGUCUACGCCGUGCUUGGUCCCCGAGAAUGGCUCCUUCGCGGGAGUAUCGGCGAAGACAAAAAGAACACGCAGUAGCAACGAUACAAUAGCUCGCGGCGUGGAGGCUUUAGGAUUGUGAUGUGUGGGUGAUGUGUUGUCUCAGUUUGCUGUGGAUUACGGCCAUGUGGUGAAUGACGUGAUAUAUAUAUAAAGGGAUGAGAAUGAAAACAUAUUGUGCUGCGUCACUGUGGGACGUCAUGAGUCAGGUGCUGCGGUGUGCACUUGUAUGUGCUGUGGUAGUGGCGGAAAUAGCUAGUGAAGACUCUACAGACGGCUCGACGGUAACAAGCCGUGUGGGUGGAGAGACGGCGCUGCCUUGUCCUCUGAGGCAUCCGACGCAAGACUCCUGGGCCCAAGGAGUCAACUGGUACAAGCAGGGUAUCCCAGGUCCCGUGUACUCCGUCGAUAUGGGCUCCGGCAACGUCCUGCAGGCCAAACACCGUCCAGGCCACGUCUGGGCAGGCAGGGCUUACUUCUCCACCGCGGACGAACCUGCCCAGCUCAUGGUUGGCCACGUGGAGGCCACUGAUUCAGGAAUUUACGUCUGCAGCGUACGGUUUAGCGGAGGCGCAAUUAGGAACAGCACUGUACAGCUUCUCGUCGUCGUUCCACCCGAAGCGCCAGUGAUUCGGGACAAGUAUGGAGUAAAGGUUGGAAAGGUGGCCGGUCCCUAUCGAGAGGGAGAGUCACUGUCGCUCACUUGUGAAGUCAACGGAGGAGUCCCGGAACCAACGGUGUCCUGGUGGCGUAACGGUACGGAACUCGUUCGUGGAACAGUCUCCAGUUCAUCACACGGCGUGACGCGAUCAACGCUGGAGAUCCCUCAAAUCCGUAGGCACGACCUCAAUAGUAGCCUGGUAUGCAAGGCCUCCAACCACAACGGAACUUACACUGUCAGCACUUCCACGACGCUGGACCUCUAUUUGAAGCCGUCGUCUGUGCGAAUGCGGUCCAAACAACGGCCUCUUACGUCAGGGUUGCCCGCAGAGAUUGAGUGCGAGGCUGCGGGUUCACGGCCCCUACCCAUGAUUACCUGGUGGCGCGGAAAGGCCAAGAUAGCUGCAGAGCAUGUCAAGAUGAUGCCCAUCGGGAACAGGAUGUUCUCCGUCGUAGCCUACACGCCUUCGCGGGAGGACAAUGGCAAACGGUUGCGAUGCGUCGCUGAAAAUCCCAAAAUUGUUGGAAGUUCUAUAGAGGCGUACUACAACCUAGACGUACACUACAAACCCAUAGUGACGCUACAGCUUGGGAAGCGCCUCCGUCUGAGCGAAAUAUUUGAGGGCCAAGACGUCUACCUGGAGUGCAGCAUCGACGCUAAUCCCCGCGUUACGGAAGUCAUCUGGCGAUUUGAUGGCAAUCAAGAAGUCCAUUCCGAUCCCACCUCUAAGGUUAUUACUAGCAACCAGUCCAUCGUCUUUCAAGCCAUUCAACGGGCUCAUUCUGGGACGUACACCUGCGUCGCCAUCAACUCUGAGGGGCAGUCCAUCAGCAACGAGGUUAAGCUAAGGGUGCAGUUUUCCCCCGUGUGUUCGGCGAAGCAACGUACCGUGUACCCAGCGGCUGCACACGAGAUGCUUCAAGUCACCUGUGAAGUGGAUUCGCAUCCGGAAGACGUGACCUUCCAGUGGUCCUUUCGCGGCCCUGAACGGAGUCACGACGUUCAAACUUUCAUAACGGAAGGGACCAGAAGUAUCGCUUCCUAUGUACCCCGGGAGAACUCGGAUUACGGCAUCCUCCUGUGCUGGGCUGCAAACAAGGUCGGGCAGCAGAAGACGCCCUGCGAAUACAGCAUCACUCCGGUCGGUCCGCCUAAGGCACCGUACAACUGCACACUCAGCAACCAGACGGAAGACGCCUUUCUAGCCGAGUGCCACGAAGACCAGGCGGGGGGACUGCGGCAACUGUACAACCUGGAAGUGCACGACAUUUCCUGUCACCGCCUACUCGCCAACCUGACAUCCGACAAGCCCAUAUUCUGGAUACAGGGCGUGCCACCGGGCCUCAACUACGUGCUCGUCAUGUACGCCCUCAACGAACUCGGUCGUUCGCAGCCGGUCCUACUGCGUGCUGAAGCCGCGGAUCGCUACUGGGACGGUGUACGCCACGGUGGCGAAUGGAGUGGCUGCGAACAAAGUAACUCUUUGGUGGUCAUCCUGAUAGCUGUAGCGUUUGCAGCGCUUUUCUUACUUUGCAUACUCGUCUUGAUCGCCCGUUGUCGGAACAAGAAACGGCUAAAAGCCACUACGGCAAGCAGCGACAAGGUAGUACAGAAUGGAAAGGCGUCGCCAAGAAGUUGUGACGGUUCCGUAAUGCUAACGACUUUCAACUGCGCCGAAGGCGAAGAACUGCACCCGACCGUACUCGAAACAUCACCAACAAAACCACCGUACCACGCCGACUACAUCGGUAACAUUCACACACCUGCGUUCUGGAGGCAAAAGGUGGUGGACUUCUGAUAUCCAGAUGUGCUCCCGACAAGUUCAAUGACCAUGACGACGUUCGGCGUCCGAGGUGCGCCCUGCUGAAAGAACUGGCACGCUUAAGGGAACGCCUGUCGCGCCCUGGCCCAAGACAGGCCCCCCUUUAGAAUGUCACCGAAGAAGGAACAACAGGAGAGACCUUCAGCUACGAUCUUCUCUCAUGGCUAACAACAGGCUCAAGAGCUUGGGGGCGAAAGCCUCGGGAAGAAGACGUCCGAACAACCGCCAUGGCACGGGAGCACUACUGUCCAUUCGUAAGACUUUUGCAAGAAGGAGUCGUGAUGUGUUCUUAAAGAGUUCUAUGCGGCACGCAGGUCGCGUGCGGCACGGAUAAGUGGCAGUGCGCGUUGGAACGCCAAUAUGAGUGUAUAUCGACGAUUCAAAUGCCAAAAAAAAGUGAACAGCUGUUUUAGGCUGUGAGACGUCACGUAUUACCUGGUCGUGAUUCUCAAGAAGACAUUCCGCACCGCAAGAACAAAAGACACAUUUGUGAGUGACGAGGGAUGGCGGCGUUCGCAUUUAUGACACUUUUUUUUUUCUUUUUCAGCUGUCAACCGUGUGUGUAAGUGGUGAACGAAAGUGCGAGAAGUGCGCUCUCCCCGUCAUUUUUCUUUUUUCUUUCUUUUUUCUUUUUUUUCUUUUUUUUUUUUUUUUUUUUUUUUGCGGCAUCACACGUUCUUGUAUUCCUGGAAAUGUGCACUACACGAGAGGAAUGAUUUCGAAGAACUUUUGUAAAUAGCUAUACAAUAAUAUAUUUUAUACAAAGACAUUACGUAAUACCUUGCGGACUCACUGUAAACAUACGGCUCUUGAUUUUGAUGAAGUAUAUACGGCUGCCGUACUGCUCCGACAGCCCGCUGCCCUGUCUGUCUGCUCUGACUGCCAGCGCAGAGCAAAUCGGCCCGUUUCCACGUUGUUAUUUCUUCUUUCGUACACAUUUUUUCCUCGACUAUCGUCGCUCCAUCGUGUCUCAUGCCAUGGAUUUUGUACGGCCUGUAAAAAAAAAAAAAAUGUUAUCGUGUUUCAAGUCUUGGACAAACGGGCUGCAUUAUAAGCAGGCCUUGCUCAAGGGCAGGAGUUGUGGAAGGGAAAGCGUGUAACAAUCACUUAAAGGUAUCAUUAAAGAAGGUUUCUAAACGUGGGAUAAACUUUCGAAAUGUAACUUGACAGAAUCGCCUAUUCAGUGUCUCGAGAGGAUAAUGUGUUUUGUAAGCCAGUGCUCAAAGGGAUCGUAUUUGUAAAUGGUGCACCAUUGCCUUGCAUUAUGUCACGAGGUAAGUUGUGACUGAGAUUCUAAGAGUCUGCGACAGGAUUGCCUAGCGUUUUGAAAAUCAUGAGUAAGUGUGGCUUGGUGUCAACGUGAGAAAUUAUACCAUCAAUGGCCUAUUCCAAUUAUACCUAUACUGAACGUCGUCCACACAAUUUCCAAGCACUGUCGAUCACGCUCGCACACUCAAUGGAAACAAUGGAAUAAAUUUGCGAGCAAUCACAGCUUCUAGACCGCAAUUACUAUUCAUCUUAGUCCCCUGGCCCUGAAAUUUACUCCCCCAGCGCUGCAAAUAGACCCUAAACUUCCGGACAUUUAGUCGGGACUAAUUGCUGUGACAUUACAUCUAGUCCCCAAAACAACUAAAAUGUUCUAUUUUUUCUUUCUUAGAGUAAAUACGCACCAGAGGAGAAAAAAAUAUUCGUUGGGCAAUAAGGGAAAGGAUGUACGCAUAUGACACCAAAUCAAAUAGGAAUCCAGUGCUGAAACAAAAUUCCCAUCCAAAUCUGUCGCCAUGUUCUCGUCGUCCCACACGUUACCCAUACGAGCAAUAGAACGUGAAGUAAACUUUCUAAGUGGGAGACUAUUUAGCUCGGCCAUCAGUCAUCUAGCAAAACCCGCGACGUUUUCAUACACGAGCCUUUCUAAGUCCUCAGCGUCUCUUGUGUUUUUCACGCGCGCCGUUGCUCGACGCCGGCGCAUAAUUUACGGCAGCUAUAAUUCAAGUCGACCUGCCUUGCCGGCUAUAUACUGUGCGCGUAAUUAUUCUCGCCGCCAGGAUAUUAUCGAGGCACUUUUUUUUUUUCUCUUUCAUAUCCCUCGUGCGCUGUUCCUUGUAUACUGUGCAUAGAAACGGCACGCUUGCUGGGCGCUACGGGUGUUACCUACUUGUCCUAGACCUUCUAACACCCUACGGCACCCCGGCAUUAUAUAUUGUUGGGAAACAAUAGCAUGACAGGGCAUACAUUGAGCGACAUGAAACAAAGACGUUAGUUUUCCCUAACUGCCUGCGUUAUUCAAGGAAUAAACAUGCUCAUAAUGAUAGGCGUAGGAUGAACAUUUUCUAUUGGCAGUACGUAUGUCUCCCUCAAAUGCUGACGGGGUUCUGAGCCCAAGCUAAGGCGACCAGCUCCGGUGGCGCAGCGGUAACGCGUGCGCUUGGAGACUGGGAGGUCCGCGGUUCGAAUCCGCGGGCCGGCUGUGCCGUCUGGGGUUUUUCCUGGGUUUCCCUCAGAUGUGUAAUAGGCGUAUGCCGGCACAGUUCCCCUGAAGUCGGCCCAUGGACGCAGCUAUCCUCCCCCCGAGCGGAUUCCGCUCGGUCUUCCACUUCACCCUCUCCUCCUCUCCAUCACCUUUCCCUUCCCGAGAAACAUGCCGCCUAAUCAGGCAGGCAGACCUCUCGGGUUCCUCCCAACGACACUCCUCCUCCUCCAAGCUAAGGCGUCCGCUUUGUCACCUACAGGUAACAAGAUGAGUGUUUCAAGCGGUUCACAGCCCCUGCAAGUAACGAGAAUUAUCCGAGCCGAGCUUCAUCCGAGGAGGACAUAAUCAGAUAAGCCGGCAUCGCCUGAAUAACUCGGGGGAAAAAGUAACGUGCUGACGCCAACCAAGUCCUGGCGUGGACUCGUUGACUUUCUUCCUGAGUUGUUUUGGGGUGAAUUAUUUGAACAUUCCCGUAGCUUAGUCACGAAACGAAUAGAACUCUCCCGUCGCCCUCUUGAUCCUAUAUAGCCCUUGUAGUUCGGUAGGGAUGUGGUAAUCCUCACACUGCGGGAAACAGUCGGAACGGCCCACACCGUUUCGCGACGUCGCGCAAGCCCUACGCUGUUGCCUUGUUACGCUCCGCCUUCCGGUGGCGCCACUGACAACCAUAUUAAUUUCGAUUCAAUUUAAUCGAAAUUUGUUUGAAUUUGCUCGUGACGAAACGUUCGCUGUUUUAUCCUAAAAAGUUUGGCUCUGGAUUCCUGGGUACUACCUCCCGGAAGGGUCUCUAAUUAAUGCGAAGUAAAGCGGGGCAGCAAUAAGUGCUGAUCGAUUAAUUGAUUGAUUGAUUUAAAGAAAAAGUAAAUUGAGAGGUUGUCUUCACUGGUGUGAAGCCAGCAACUCCACAUCACUUGCACCAGAUACAAUGGUGGAAAACUUCUGGAAUGAUGCUGCUGCUGAUGCAGUAAGUGCUUUUAUGCGCUGUUUAAUAACGUCUGGGCAUUUGAGCGUGUGCGCAACGUUAAAAGGGAUUACAGUUAUAUGGCAGACUUUGGAGUUAAAGCAAUGGUGCUCCUAGUAUGGUUAACCAAGCACAUCCUCGAAGCAGACAAUGGCUUAUGGCAUGAAGAAGACUACUCUUGUUGCAAAUCUAUAAGGGCUAUGGGUUGUGACUUCUGCCAUAGCGGAUUAUAUUAAUACAGCGAGUUGUUCAAACGAUUCCUCCCUUGUACAUAUGAUUCUUUGACCUCUUAAAGAAAAGCAAAUGUUUCCUGAAUACGACUAAAGUUCCACAGCGUAAGGAGGGUGCUACAAACAAGGAACACGUUUAAAUAAUGUCAGCUGCCCUUCUAUGUGUCUAUUGAGAACGUACAGCCCGCCAUCCUAUGUCCAUGCUCUGUGCUC